AAGAGGAAAAAGUAGAAGAAGUAGAAGAAGAAGCAAAAGCAGAUCAGUGGCAUGUUGGAACUCUUUUCCCCUAUCAAGUGUCUUCUUCAAGAGGAACGAAUUCGGAUCGACAACGUUGUGUUCAGGUUACAUUCACGUGCUACGGUUCUCUUAUUUCUCGUCUGUGCUACGUUGGUAACCGCUAAACAGUUCAUAGGCGAACCAAUUAGCUGCAUCUCCGAUCACAGCAUAGACAGAACGACGUUAAACGCAUACUGCUGGAUAUAUAGUACCUACACAGUGGCACGUCACUUAAAGGGAAUACCAGGUCGAACUGUGGCAAGUCCAGGAAUAGGAAAUGCAUCUCAGAACGACGAAUUAUAUUAUCAUCGUUAUUACCAGUGGGUUUGCUUUAUUCUCGGCUUACAAGCGAUUCUCUUUUACGUGCCCCGAGCGUUAUGGGGAAUAUGGGAAAGGGAUACCGUCACUUUGCUCGCGAGGGACCUUUCCACUUCGUUUCUGGAUCGAGAUGCUUGGACCGAGAAUAGAAAGCGUCAAUUAGUCGACUAUUUCAUUGAGGGUGAACUUCGAAUGACGCACAAUUUCUACGCUCUACGUUAUUUCCUCUGCGAAGUUUUCAAUUUUCUCAAUACGAUAGGACAAUUAUAUCUCUUGGAUCUAUUCUUCGAGGGUGAAUUUAGACAUUACGGAGUUGCGGUUUUAACAUUUCCUAAGGAAAAACAAUAUCAUAGGAUAGAUCCGAUGACUCGACUCUUUCCCAAGGUCACCAAGUGCACGAUGCACACCUUCGGUUCGGCCGGCUCGAUGCAAAUUCAUGACGCUCUUUGCGUUCUCUCGUUGAACGUUAUGAACGAAAAGGUCUUCUUCUUUAUUUGGUUCUGGCUAAUAUUUCUAAUGAUUCUCGGCUUUCUUGCUCUUUUUUAUAGGAUCAUUGUUUUCUCUCAACCGAGGAUAAGAGUCUAUCUUUUGCGAGCUUCGAUGAGGACCCUUGCGCAUGCCAAAGCAAAUACCAUAGUUCGAGUGCUUACUUUUGGCGAUUGCUUUCUCCUCCAUCGACUAGCACAGAACGUGAGCCCGAUCAUAUACCGGGAGCUAAUCGAUGAGUUGGCAAUCAGCCUAUCGACGAAGCAUUUCAAAGAAUUAGUCUAA